AGACGGUGCGCACGGCCACCCCGUUCCCCAUGGUCAGUCUGUUCCUGGUGUUCACCGCUUUCGUCAUCAGCAACGUGGGGCACAUCCGCCCCCAGAGGACCCUCCUGGCCUUCGUCUCGGGCAUCUUCUUCAUCCUCUCGGGUGUCACUCAGGUCACAGGUGUCACAGGUGACACGGGGGACACUCAGGUGGCACAGGUGAUGGCUUCAGGUGUGACCCAGGGGUCACAGGUGUCUCUCAGGGCACAGGGUGCAGGUGUGAUGUCGGUGUACCUGUUCACCAAACGUUACGCAGAAGAAGAGCUGUGCCAUACCCCAGGUGUAUCACAGUGGGGACAUUGGGGUCACACCUGGACACACCUGGACACACCUGGACACACCUGGACACACCCAAUGUCCAUCCAGAUGAGCCAAAAUUACCCCCCGGCCAUCAAAUACCCGCAGAGACCCCCGCCACACCCUCACCUGUCCACGUCACCCUGCUAGGGACACACCUGGGGACAUCUGGACACACCUGGACACGCCCAAAACACACCUGGGGACAUUGGGGACACACCUGGACACACCUGGACACACCUGGGGACAUUGGGGACACACCUGGACACACCUGGACACACCUGGGACACACCUGGACACACCUGGACACGCCCAAUGUCCAUCCAAAUGAGCCAAAAUUACCCGCCGGCCAUCAAAUACCCGCAGAGACCCCCGCCACACCCGCACCUGUCCACGUCACCCUGCUAGGGACACACCUGGGGACACCAAAAACACACCUGGACACACCUGG